UCGAACACGCGACCGGUUGUACAAUUACAAUUGAAACUUGCCUGAUUCAGCGAGCGUUGUCAAUUCGCUUCCGGUUUUGAUUUGUUCGUUGUAAAGAAGUUCGAAAGGUACGAGGAUUAUCGCAAAGAUCAUGGCCGCGUUUAACCUUCUGGACAUCCUUGGCAUCUCGUUGCUGUUGCACUUGUGUUUCAGCUUAUUGCUGCUGGUCAUUUUGGUGCCGCUUCUGUCGCUCGUUUAUCCGGUAUUAACAUGGUCAAGAAAGGGUUGGAUACGUUUCGUAAAAUGGAAAUAUCCAAACGUGGUCGUAGUGGAGGAAAACAGCAUUCGAACAAUUCUGGAUCAAUUUCGAAAUCACGGGAUUUAUACUUUGCUGAUUCAAGGCCGUUCGAUUGCGGAAAGCAUUCGUGGCCAUUUAAUACAUUUAACUUCGUCCAAGAGGUUCCUUCGUGCAGGCUUAUCUACAAGAUGGGGUCUUUAUGUAUGGAAAGAUCUUGAUUAUUUCUCCGUGGACAAUCAUUUGUUAAAUUCACCAUGUUCCUUUAGAGGCCGACCCAUCACAGAGUCUAACAUUCAGGAGUAUGUGAGCGAUCUCACGUCGAAAUUCUUCCCAUCGGAGCAACCACCAUGGCAGGUACACGUGAUAAACUGUUUCCUUCGCGGGGAGGAGUAUCAAAUCUGUCUAGUGAGGGUUCAUCAUCUACUUCUUCGACAAGAACACUUAGCGUUGGCCGAUUUCCUUCCAUUGAGAUACUCUACCGAUGAUUGGGCAUGUCAGGAAGUGGAUUCUCCUUUCACGAAUCUUUACUCCGAACCAUCAGCACUUCCAAAACUUUAUCAAAAGCUUACAGAGAGCUUCAGCAAUUACUGGAACGAAUUUUUGUACAAUAACGACCCGAAUGAAAGACCAGAGAUUCUAAAGAAGCAGCUCGGUAUCGUUCAAUGCUCGAAAAUCGGUGUGAUCGUUUUAGUUUCUUCGGUAAAGGAAAUGACAAGGCAGUACAGAAAAGGAGAGGGACCCAGAGUUCUCGAUGUCUUCUCCAUCUUCCAACGAGAAGUCAGCAAACGAAAUAUCGGACACACCGUGUUUCUACGUGCUUUAUUAAAAUCUUUAAACCCUCUGGAAUUCCUUUGUGCCUCCAUUCUAUGGUGUUGGUAUCUCGCAAUCACGUUGACUCUGAAAACACCAAUAUUACUCGUUCGAGAAUUACGAGCCCUGAAAUCACGUCAUAAACAUUAUUAUCCGGAUACUUUAAUUUCCAUGCUAUGGUGUUACGUUCCUUUGAUAUAUCAAGCCACUAUAGAAGCGCUGUCCAUCACGUGGAUCGCGAUAAAGGCGCCAAAAACAAUCUUCGAGGAAUUAUUCUUGAAGCAUCCACAGUCGAACCGUCUUCAAACUACAUCUCCUUGCGGACGAAAGGUGGUUGCUUGGUCGGAGGAGGUUGAGCUCGAUAUUCUUCGAAAAAUUUCCAGUAUGACAGGCGCGACAGAGGCUGAAGUUUUGUUGGCUGCUACCGUAGAUGCUCUUAAAGAGUACUUCCGGCACUCUGGCGUUAGAAUACCGGAUGACGUGCUCGCUACUGGCAAGUUCGUUAGACAGAGAGCGAUAUUUGUGCAGAAUCAUGAAGGAAGAGGUAUCUUGUGUCUUGCACUUCCUACGAAGACUCCGUUAUUUGAAGAUGAUCUGGUUGAAAUUUUGCAGGUUAUCCAGAAGAACGUGCGAGAGGCAAGAUCGAAACAAAGUGCGAUGUACGCCAUUACUGCGGCCGAAGAGUCCUGCGGAUUGAUAUCCUCGUGUUUGCCAUCGUUGUUACUUAAAGUGAUGCUAAAUCAGCUAACGAGAAGGUAUUCCUUGUCGUUGACACACGUCGAAGGAGAUCUGCCAGUUGAGGGAGUCGAUGCUGUUAUGUAUUGGAGACCACCUCAAGGCAACUGCAAUAUGUCGAUAACUCUACACAGGUACGGAAGCGGUGUACGAAUGGGCGUAAUGGGUGAUGCGUUAAUUGGCCCAGAGCACGCCAUCAUUACGAAGACCUUCCCGAAAAGCGUAGAAAACCUCGCAAACGUGGUCGGAGUUCCUACGAUUCUCAGCAGAAAUUCAACACCCAGUCCAAUUAAUCCGAACACUUCACCGGGACAUUAAAAACGUCACGUGUCUAUCUUCUGAGAAGAUAAUUUCCUGUUCGUUCCUAAGAGAUUGAGCGAAAUUUCGAAUUUGAAAAUAGAAUGAACCAUUGGAUCUUUAGGGAAGAUUUGUAUAUUAAAAUUUGUUAUUUAAUCGCGCUGAUGAAUAUUUAUAACUAUUUUCGA